AUGCUCGGCUUCACCAGCCAUUGCGCAGCCGUCAGCGAUACUGUGAUCAACGUCCAGGCCAGCUCCUACUCCGAGACUUCCGGCCCUACAACGUCCCUCGUCCCGCUCACCCUCUCGUUCCAGGGCGUGGGUUCGAUAGUGGAGGGUCCGCAUUGGGACGUGUGGCUGCGGGUCAACUCGACCGUCAACGUCUUCGGCAACCUCCGCCUGGUCGGAGCUUUGGAGAUCGGCAGCGAGGGCAGUCUCACGCAGCAGGACCGCCUCACUGUCGUGCCUCCCGCCAACUUCAAGUGCAAUGCCACGGGCUGGUUGGCGGGUCGUUCGUUCGGUGUGGCACUGAGCGAGGGCGAGUGGCAGCAGAAUGGGGUGGUGAACGUGACGCUGGUCUCCGACUACCCCGCGCACGGCGUGAUCUCCCGGCCCGAGAGCGAAUCGGGCGGCAAGUGGGAGCAGAAGGCCGACGCCUACGUACGCGUCGAGUCACCCAGCCAGGCCGUGGGAGUCUCGCUGGGCCAGAACAUGGAGUGGAUUCAGACGACAGGCCAAGCUGUGGUGUCUGCAGUGUCGACCACCAACGCCACCACAGCGGUCUAUCUGGAGGGCGACAGCGAAUGGAAACAGACUACCGAAGUCACGCUGUCGAGCACCGCCCGCAGCACGCUCGCAGCCACCGGCGUCGCCGUAUUCGGUGGCAACUGGCGGCAGUCCGCCCCGGCCAACCUGACCAUCUCCGGCCCAACAGGGAGCGCAGGUGUCCAGACAUCGCUGGCGGCCAUCGGCUCCUCGAGCGGCAACGCAGGGAGGUGGGUGCAGGAGGCGCCCGUUUCGAUCAACUGGCCGGGCACCGUCGGCCACGGGUUCAGCUGCAAGGAGACCGGCGAUUGGCAGUGCCUCACCGACGACCUCACCGGCUUGGUCGGCGGCGUGCACAUCGCGGAGCAGGAGCAGGGCCAGUGCGAGUGGGCCAUGGGCUACGUACCCGAGCUGCCGUCCGGCUUUUCUGUCCAGUGCGAGUCCACCUACGACUCCAACGCCUUCCAGCUUCCAGCUUCCCUCUCGCCCUACUUGACAGGCUGCGCGGCCUCGACGGUGGUGCCCACGGUGGCGCUCUUCGACAACUCGCCGAUGACCGCCGCGAGAGGGGUCGUGUACGAGUUCAUCGUGACCAAGGACCUGCUCCCGUCUACGGUCAACUUCAACUUCUCCGUGUCCUACGGCAACGGGUCCCUUGACACCGCAUCAAACUCCAUCGUCCCAGGUGAGGGUAACACAACGAUCUCGAUGCGGUCGAACGUCAACGGGUCGGGCAGUGGGUCGCUCCAGCUUCUGCCCGCGCUCGGGUCGUUCGCGCUGUCCAAGUACCGGAUCGCGCUGACCUUUGUGACGCUGUACAUUCUCAACACGCCGAGCGCCGACGAGAACAUCGCGCUGGUGCUGAGCUUCAACGUCUCGGCUCCGAUCAUCGGCGUCAACCCCUCCAGGGGGUCUACCGACGCCCCGGUGGGCCUGAACCUGGUCGAGAUCGAAGAGGUGGCGCCCAACGGGACCGUUGUCCGCACAGCAUCGGCUCUCAAAGGUGAAUGGAGCAUCGGACAGGUGCCUGACUACGUCGGCGCGGCGCAGACCUACCGAUUCUCGGCGGACCUGCUGGGUAGCAACGACACCCAGUUCGGCCUGCGGUGGUACCUGUUCGACCGCGCGAUCAACGUCUCGGUGCCGUCCAUCGUCAGCGACGAGCCGCUGGCUGCCUCGCCCGAGUUCGCCAAGAUGACGUUCCAGAUCAGCCCGAGCUGGCCCUGGCUCUCGCCGGACAAUACGCUGCGGCUGCACAUGAAGGUCAGCCCCGGCUUCAGCUCGGUCACGGUGCAGCCCGACACGCCGCAGCGCGGUGUGACCUCCUACGAGCUGGCAAUCGGCAGCGCAGGCGGCGACGAGUCUGAGCCGAGGACGGCGGUGGUGCGCUUGCUCGGCGCAGCGCUGUCGAGGGCCGAUGACGGCACGCUGGCGCGGGUGCACGUCGAGCACGUGGCCAACGAGGCCGCGGCCGAGGUGGUCCUCUCGUUCGACCACUUCAACGGCACGCUCAUAUUUGAUCCAGACUUUUCGGUGGUUGUGGGCUCCAAGAAGGGGAAGAGCUCGAGCGAUGACGGCCUCGUGGUGGCGGUGGCCGUGGCGGUGCCUGUCGCGGUGGUCGUCGUGGUCGUGGUCAUUCUAGUGGCGCUGGUGGCCGGCCUUGUCUCGAAGCGAAGAUACGCCAAACGGUCACAGAGCCAGCUCACAGCCAUCAGCAUCGGCCGGGAGGACCUCGAACAACUGUGA